AUGGAAUACAUCAAGAUUGCUAAAGUAUCAAACGUAGUGCUACAUAGAAGAGGCACGGCUACGCAAGGAACUUUGCAUCUGACUACGCACCAUUUGAUCUUUGAAUCAGCGCAAUUGUCGACGGAAUUUUGGUUCCCGUAUCCUUUGAUCUAUGGAGUGCAUAAAAACCCGGGCAGCACGUUGCUUUCUAAGUUGACGUCCACUAAUCAGAUUCAGCUGGAAGGCACAGAUUCACAGAACUAUAAGCUCUACCAGGGCAAGGACCUAUGGUCGUUUGUGAAUAUAAAGAUCAUCGGGAAAGAUUAUGCGGUGUUCUCGUUGGAUUUCGGCAGCGAGUUGAACCUGCAAGCGAGAAAAGUGUAUGAAUCCAUCUUGAAUUUGACUGUCGUCAACAAUAUUACACAGCUGUAUGCAUUUAUUUACAUGUCCAACAAUCUGGAAAGGAAAUUGCCUUCGCCUGAUAGUUGGAAAAUAUAUGAUCCAAUUAACGAGUUUCGAAGGCAAGGCAUCGAUGGUAAAGAUGAAUUUUGCCCCUGGAGGUUAUCCACGAUAAACGAGCAUUACGAAUUUUGUCCAACGUACCCUUCCAAACUCUUUGUGCCAAGGUCCACGUCUGAUGUAUUGUUAAAGCAUGCUUCGAAGUUUAGAUCGCAAAAAAGAAUCCCUGUUUUAACUUAUCAUCACAAGGCCACAGAUUGUAAUAUUCUUAGAUCAUCUCAACCAUUACCAGGACUAAUCAACCAGAGGUCCAUUCAAGAUGAAAAACUGGUGUGGGAAAGCUUUAGCUCAUUCUGUGAUAAAGAUACCAAAAGAACCAAACACAUAAUAGUCGAUGCCAGACCCAGGACAAAUGCGCUGGCACAAAUGGCCUUGGGUGGAGGGACUGAGAAUAUGGACAACUACAAUUUCUUUUUAGCGAAUAGUAAUCUAGGCGUUGAUAAAAAUACAAAACUGCCCACAGUUACACGGUUAUUUCUUGGUAUAGAUAACAUUCAUAUUGUUUCCAAUACAGCUGCAUACAUGACAGAAGUUAUAUGUCAAGCUGGCGAUUUGAACUUACCAUUGGAGCAGAAUUUAAUCAAGUCUCAGAAAUUUUCCAAUUGGUUAAAAUUGAACACUCUUAUUUUGAAAUCUGUGGACAUGCUUCUGAAGUCUAUAAUUUUCAACCAUUCUAACGUGCUGGUUCAUUGUUCUGACGGUUGGGAUAGAACUAGUCAAAUUGUUUCGUUAUUAGAAAUUUGUUUGGAUCCCUUUUAUAGGACUUUUGAAGGGUUUAUGAUUCUCGUGGAAAAAGAUUGGUGUUCCUUUGGCCACAGAUUUUUGGAAAGAAGUGGUCACUUGAGCUCUGAUGUUAGAUUCCAUGAUAAUACAAUGCAUUCUCUUUUCAACGAUAUUGAUACCAAUGGCGAUGGCCUUGAUAUAGAUGCUAAUACUCAAGAUGAUUAUGAUGAGGAUGACGACAGAGAUGAAGAUGACACUAAUUUAAUCAACUUGAGUAAGAUUUCGAAAAAAUUCAACGAGAACUUCAAACUGAACAAGAAAAGCCUGAAGUUUGUUUCCCCAGUUUUCCAGCAAUUUCUAGAUUGCGUAUACCAAUUAUUGAUGCAGAAUCCUGACUUAUUUGAAUUUAAUGAAAGGUUCUUAAGAAGGCUGGUUUAUCAUUUGUAUUCAUGCCAAUAUGGUACAUUUCUUUCCAACAACGAAAAAGAAAAAUUCAAACAUAAUUUGCCUGGCAAGACUAAAAGCGUUUGGAACUACUUUAGGUCGAGAAGAAAACAAUUCAUAAAUCCGAAUUUCAUGCAAAGGGAAGAAAGUGGUCCCGAAAGUGGUCACGAAGCUGAAGAAGAAGAAAAAGUGGAGUGGAUUUCACCGGACCUAAAGAAAGUCCAAUGGUGGUGGCAAUUAUAUGGGAGAAAGGAUUCUGAAAUGAAUGAUGAAUUACGUCACAAGCACGAGCCAGCAGUCCUACCAGGUGACAACAAAGACAAAGAGCAUGAUAAAUCCGAUGGUGGUAAGGGUUUAAACUUGUCAAUUUUUGGGUUUGAUAUGUUUAAUAGAAAGUGA